AGGCUGCGCUCUCAAAAUGGCCCCUGCACCCUGAACUCCGCGGCGUCCUCGCUGAGGUCACCGGCAGCGGGCGCACAGCGCAAGCCUUGCGUUCCGGCGCCAACGCGGCCUAGAGGCCGGGAGCGGCCGGCCGUCGGCCCUGUGCGCGCCAUCUCUCGGGGCGGGGCGGUGGGCCCCUUCCGGGGAUGGGCCUCGGCGCGCGCUUCGGCCCGGCCCUGCCCCGGCUCCUCCCCGCUCGGGCGGGCGCUCCGCCGUGUCCCCGCCUGACAGUCCGCCCGGCCCGGGCGGCCGCAGACAGGGCCUGGGCGGCUGCACGGGGAGCGCUCAUCCCAGAGGUAGCGGGAGGUGUCGGCGCUGCCGCUGCUUAGCGGCGGUCCCGGGCAAAAAGACGGCGGUACCAUGUUCUCUCUCAAGCCGCCGCGACCCACGUUCAGAUCCUACCUCCUGCCACCGCCCCAGACUGACGAUAAGUUUAAUUCGGAACCGAAGAUUAAAAAACUGGAGCCAGUGCUUUUGCCAGGAGAAAUUGUUGUAAAUGAAGUCAAUUUUGUGAGAAAAUGCAUUGCGACAGACACAAGUCAGUAUGAUUUGUGGGGAAAGCUGAUAUGCAGUAACUUCAAAAUUUCCUUUAUUACGGAUGAUCCAGUGCCAUUACAGAAAUUCUAUUAUAAAAACCUUCUUCUUGGAGAACAUGAUGUCCCUUUAACAUGUAUUGAGCAAAUUGUCACAGUAAAUGACCACAAGAGGAAGCAGAAAGUCCUAGGCCCCAACCAGAAACUGAAAUUUAAUCCAACAGAGUUAAUUAUUUAUUGUAAAGAUUUCAGGAUUGUCAGAUUUCGCUUUGAUGAAUCAGGUCCUGAAAGUGCCAAAAAGGUAUGCCUUGCAAUAGCUCAUUAUUCCCAGCCAACAGACCUCCAGCUACUCUUUGCAUUUGAAUAUGUUGGGAAAAAAUACCACAAUUCAGCCAACAAAAUAAAUGGACUACCCUCAGGAAGUAGAGGAGGAGCUGGUGGUGGGAACAGCCAAAAAACUCCUCUGUUCGAAACUUACUCUGAUUGGGACAGAGAAAUCAAGAGGACGGGUGCUUCCGGGUGGAGAGUUUGUUCUAUUAAUGAGGGUUACAUGAUAUCCACUUGCCUUCCAGAGUACUUUGUAGUGCCAAGUUCUUUAGCAGACCAAGACCUAAAGAUCUUUUCCCAUUCUUUUGUUGGAAGAAGGGUGCCACUCUGGUGCUGGAACCACCCUAAUGGCAGUGCUCUGGUGAGAAUGGCCUUCAUAAAAGAUGUAUUGCAGCAGAGAAAAAUCGAUCAAAGGAUCUGUAAUGCAAUAACUAAAAGUCAUCCACAGAGAAGUGAUGUUUACAAAUCGGAUUUGGAUAAGACCUUGCCUAAUAUCCAGGAAAUACAGGCAGCAUUUAUAAAACUUAAGCAACUAUGUGUUAAUGAGCCUUUUGAAGAAACGGAAGAGAAAUGGUUAUCUUCAUUGGAAAAUACUCGGUGGUUGGAAUAUGUAAGAGCAUUCCUUAAACAUUCAGUAGAACUUGUGCACAUGCUGGAGAACAAACAUCUCUCUGUAAUCCUACAAGAGGAGGAGGGAAGAGAUUUGAGUUGUUUCAUAGCUUCUCUUAUUCAAGUGAUGCUGGAUCCCUAUUUUAGGACAAUUACUGGAUUUCAGAGUCUGAUACAGAAGGAGUGGGUCAUGGCUGGCUAUCAGUUCCUGGACAGAUGCAACCACUUAAAAAGAUCGGAAAAAGAGUCUCCCUUAUUUUUGCUCUUCUUGGAUGCCACUUGGCAGCUGUUGGAACAGUACCCAGCGGCGUUUGAGUUCUCUGAAGCUUACCUAGUGGUGCUGUACGACAGUACUCGCAUCUCACUGUUCGGCACCUUCCUGUUCAACUGUCCUCACCAGCGGGUGAAGCAGAGCACAGAAUUUGCAAUAAGCAAAAAUAUCCAAUUGGGUGAUGAAAAGGGCCUAAAAUUUCCCUCGGUUUGGGACUGGUCUCUUCAGUUCACAGCAAAGGAUCGCACCCUUUUCCAUAACCCCUUAUACAUCGGAAAGAGCAUGCCCAUUGUACAGAACGGCUCUGUGAAGUCUUUUAAACGGACAAAGAAAAGCUACAGCUCCACGCUAAGAGGUGUGCCAUCCUCCUUCAGGAAUGGAAUCCUCAGUGACCAGGAAUUGCUGCCAAGGAGAAGCUCCUUAAUAUUGAAACUAAAGCCAGAUCCUCUUCAGCAGGCAGCCAGCCAGGAUGGGAGCACGGAGCAGUAUUUUAGGGAAUGGUUUUCCAAACCGGUCGACCUGCAUGGUCUCCUGCUGCCCCGGCUCUCUGGGGCACACAUAAAACUGUGGAAACUGUGCUACUUCCGCUGGGUUCCUGAGGCUCAGAUCAGCGGCGGGGGCUUCAUCACUGCCUUCCACAAGCUCUCCCUCCUGGUGGACGAAGUCGACCAGCUCCGCAGGACGCUCCGGCAGCACAGGAGCGGCCCUCUGCAAGCCUGCUGUGCAGAGCUGGAGCAGGGCCGGAUGUACUUCCGGGCAAGGAGCCCGCAGGAGACCUCCGGGACACCAGAGUAUCUCUCGUCUUCAUUUCCGUUUUCUCCUGUAGGGAAUCUGUGCAGGCGAAGCAUUCUCGGAACGCCAUUAAGCAAAUUUUUAAGUGGGGCCAAAAUAUGGUUAUCUACUGAGACGCUAGCAAAUGAGGACUAAAUGUAUAUUUUCUGAACCUUUUGAGGGAAGCUGUCAGUGUUUGCCCUGUGAAUUGAAAUUGCUAACCUAGGCAUUUGAAGCUCUAAUAAUUUUAUAUGUAAGAAUAAUAGUUGAAAUUUGCACUAUUUAAAAACCUGUUGAAUCAUACUUCCUUCACAAUUUUUUUUUAAGAUAGGCGUAAAUUUUGGUUUUUAUGUCUUUCUGUCAUGAUAGGCCUCAUUCAUUUUUAGGUGAUUUGCAGGCACAGACUUUCUCCUAUUUCUUUUAACUGUGGUGGACCUAAUCAGCUUCUGUCUGCAGCCAUUUUUCCUCCCGCCUACUAACCAUUUACCUGAUACUUGGUCAGAUCAGCAACCCAAAGAAGGAGACAGCAGGAAAAUGAAGAAGUUAGUGUUUAGUAUUUUUCCAGAAACAACUGCUAAAUGCCCCCAAAAGCCUUUAGUAAGUUUUCAGAUUUUUCUGGUUACUUUCUGUUCUGUUCUAAUGGGAUCAACUGAUAAAAGUUCAGUGUUCCAAGGCCAUAAUUUAUUAUUUUUGAUCACCUUGUUUGGGAGUUUAUAUCACUUUAAAAUCAUGAGUUUGCUUUUACCUUUUAGGACUAACUUUAAAAUGAUAUGCACUGUUAACUUUAAAGCAUUUGCUGUAGAUAAUAUAAUUCAAUUUAGAAGUGCCUUUGAUGUUAAUACUAAGGUAUAAGUAAGUAACAGAGUGGAAUAUAAUUUCAGUUCUCAAAAAUAGUUUGUUAAAACCCCCACUGCACAUUAGAAAUAGGCUUUGCACACUAGGCUUCAUGCCAAUAGCUGGGGCUCCCCAAAGCCAUGUUUCUCUUCUUCUGAAAGUCACUGAAGAAAACAGAGGACCAGGGGGUGGAAUUCCUGGCGACUCCUGGGAUCUGUCCCUCUCUCGGCUGUGAUGGGUCCGCAGUGUGCUGAGCCCUGUUCACACUGGGAACACCCUCCCUGCAGACACAGGGCUGUCGGAGGAGUUUGGGCUGCCCUGGUAAACUGUUGAUGGCACUUUGCCUCAGUUAUUUAAUUGCUGCCACAACAGACACCCCCAUAGAAUUCCCUCUUCUCUCAGAGAAGAUCGUUAACUCUAAGGAAUCAGAGUAGAGAUCAGGAGAAAUCAAGAUGCACUUCUCAGAGGACUGACCUUUUUUUCUUUAUAUAAAGAGAGAAGCCCUCUGCCCCCUUCCCAAUUUUUAGCAGCAUUAUUAAGACGAGACUGAAAAACAGACAGAGGUGUAUUCUUAGUGUGAAACACCCUUGUUUUCAAAUUAUGUGAUGAGGGUCAACGCCGAAGCUCACUGUUACAGCAGUGACGUAAGCACCUUUCUCCCCCCACCCCAUUCCCUGCUUAAGAGGUAGAUGUUUUCAAAUUUGGUUAUAGUAUUUAGAGUUGCUGAAAUUGCCAUCUUAAAAUUUUAAACAUUUUUAGAGCAAAGUGUCCAGUAAGCUUGUUUCCUUUUCUAAAACAAGUUUUUACCUUUAUAUGUAAAGAAGGGCUGUUUCUAUCUGAAUUAUUUGCCUUUUAAAAAUUAUUUGAUAAUGUCUCUGGAUUUAAAGAGAUAGGAAUUUUUAUAAAAUGUCUUGGAAAUUCAUCUUGUUGAUAAACCCACUGUUUCUGCCAACUUGUUGCCUAGAAAAUAAGGGAUAUGUUUUCAAUUUAUACAAAUUGCAUUACUGUCAUUAAAUAUUUUAUGGUCUUUGAUUGGAAACUAGCCCCAACCCCCUUAAAGUUUAACAGCAUAUCCUGCCAUUGAAAGUGUAAUAUUGCUUCUCCCUUUUUCAGUAAGCCGCUCUUUUAUUAUUACAAAUUGUUCACAUUCAUCAGGUUUUGGGUUGAGCAUUUGUCUGUAAUUUUUUUCCCCUCGCACAUUCAUUUCAACUCCAUUAGUAAAUUUUUAAUUAAUUUACAAUUUUUUUUAAAUUAGGUACUAUUAAUACUGUUAAAAAUAGAUGUGCCUAUUUUUGUAUGAUAAUCAAAUGUAGUAAAAUACAUUUAUUUGUUUUGUUUUUGCUGGUUAGUUGUUGUAUCAUGAUUAUUGUGCCACAAUUUAUCGUGCAUAAUAUGAAAAACAACUAUAGUGGCCUUAAGUCCUGCCCCUUGUAAAGCUGCCUGGCAGCUCUGCUAGCAAAAAGGACAUUGUGGUGACAGAAGUUGGGAGUGUGGUUGCAUACACGGUGCCAAAGAGAGCUCAGCACUCCACGUCCAUGGCCUGUGAGUGAAGCCUGUGAGGGUGGAAUGCCAUGCAGAUGUCAGACCACUUUGGACUUUGUAGUUUGAACUUACAGAUGUUCAAUGACUUACUGUUAAUCUCUGAUGAAAAUUAAUUUUAAAACCAAAAAUGUCUUAAAUUUUUUUAAGGAAAAGAUUAAUUUGUACUAACAAAGGGUGAGAACUGUUCACAUCCUUCAACAAAACCUGCUUGCUGUAGCAGUAAUAUCAAGUAGCUGAAACUUGAUUUUGAGAGAAAACUAAUACCUUUGUGCCUAGAAUUGAUUAUGACUUGAGUUAAAAUAAAAUAGGAUGAGCAGGAAGAUGAGAGGUCUUGUUCAGUAGAGGUGAAUGUGAAGGAAAUUUUGACUGCCAAAUAAAAUUUCCACAGAAGUUGUUUGUUAUAAUUAUCACUAUGAAAUCAUCUGUAAGAAUACAGUGAUUCAAAGCCA